ACCGCGGGGUUCGGCCAGGCCCCGGGCGAGGGGGAGGCGGUGGCGGGGGAGACCCCCGGUCCCCGGCCUUGCGCCAUGGCGGGGCGGGCCGGGCCCAGCGAGGGGCGGCGGGAGGAGGCGGCGGCGGCGGCGGCGGCGGGCGGGGGCCGGCCCUUCCCGCGGGAGUGCUGCGAAGGGCUGGGCGGCCUGGAGUACGGCCAGGUGGAUGUGACAGCCAUGGCACGGCUCUUUGGCUACGUGGAUGUGACCGACUCUGGCUUCAUUGCGGCUGUCCUCUCCAUCGCCUUCAACCCACUCUUCUGGAACGUGGUAGCCAGAUGGGAGCACAAAACGCGAGCGCUCAGCCGAGUCUUCGGCUCUCCACGUGCUGCCUGCUACUGCCUGGGUGCUGUUAUCCUGAUGCUUAACUGUGUGCGGAGCCAUUGCUUCACCGAAGCCAUGAAGAGCCAGCCGAAGCUGGAGGGCUUGGACUGCCACUGGGCCUAUUACUUAGGCUUGGCCGUCUUGGCUGUAGGGACCUUGUUUGUCAUCUCCAGCUUCUUAGCACUGGGAUUCACUGGGACGUUCCUAGGUGAUUAUUUUGGCAUCCUGAUGGAGGCAAAAGUGACCAGCUUCCCCUUCAGCAUCCUGGAUAAUCCCAUGUACUGGGGCAGCACAGCCGUCUACCUGGGCUGGUCCCUCAUGCAUGCAAGCCCAGCUGGCCUUUUGCUGACAGCUGUAGUGGCAAUUUCCUACACAAUCGCAAUGCUGUAUGAGGGGCCUUUCACAGAGGAAAUAUAUCGGCAGAAACAGAAAGGAGUGAAGAACAAGUAGCGACAGCAGUGUCUCGGAUACCUCGGCACAGCGUGCCUCUCCAGUACCCACGCUGUCCGAUUUGCCCGUUUUCCUACUGAGAUGUAUCCUACUAAUUAGCCCAGCAACCCUUAAUGAGCCAACUGAGCACCCUGCAGUAUUGGAAGCGAUCAGAGGAACAGCCCAAGCGUGGCGGCACCUCCUCGCUGCAGCCCGUGGGAGCUGGAGGUCCCUGUCCCCAGGUCCUUGUCCCCAUUGCCGGGUCACUGUGGCUCCUGCCACAAAGGCGAUGCUCUCCCUGGAGCCACAUGGUGUGGGACCUCCCGACCUCUUCUCCCACACCAAUUAUUGGAGAUCUGCAGGGAAAAAAGCAACCCAGCUCCAGCCCCGGACUGGAGGGCAAGCAGAGUUAACGAUGGAGACACCGGGGGCCUUUCCUAAGCGAGCUCUGAAUACAAGGAAGCACCGGCUCCGGCUGAUCCUGAAGAUCAUCUGAAGAUGCUGCUGAAGAGCCACAGGAAGCAAACAAAAGCUCAGGCGAAGCAACGGAGAGGGCUCAGGAACCCCUGAGGCAUUCAAACACGGCUGGGGAAGGAAGAGCGGAAACUGCUGCAAACUCAGCAACAACAAAACCUGCUGCAAACCCAACAACAAACCCGCUCUUUUCUGGGAGAGGGAAACCUUCCCAUCCAGAGCUGCGGUUUCCCACCUGUGCCCUGUAGCAUCUCCGCGCUAUUUGCAAAGGCUCCGAGAAAGGUGACUGAAAAGCACGUAGAUGUGAACAUAUGACCUAAACCACCGCCCAAGGGGGAUGACGGAAGGAUGGCAGCAAUCCCACGGGGAAGCCCUGGCAUGGAGAAGACCAAGGGGAAGAGUCAGUCCCCAUCCGCACCCUGCAGAUAUCCCAUUCCUGGCCGUGUCCGUGCCCCGGCUCCCCCCGCACCCCCCCAACCUUUCCCACUCCUUUUCCCCAGGGACCACGGGAGGGUCCUGCCUGCCUUCCCCACCACCCAGUGCCUUCCAGCUAUUUUUCACUGCCUUGCAGGGGCAGUGGGUGGGAGGGAGGGAAAGGGCUGCUUCUGCCUUCCACGCUGUGCAGCAGCCGGGUACGGAUCUGCCCCUCCGCCCCUGCCAUCAGCCUCAGCGAGUCCCAAAGAGCCUGGUGCCGGAUCCUGCCCUGAACGGGAAGAUCCCAAGGGUGAUGCUCCAGACCCAGGCUCAGUGUUUACAGAUUCCCAGAACAGUUUGAGAAAUAAGCUGUAAAUGACCAAAAAAAGCAACAUAAAGCCCCCAGCAGUGGCGCUGGAGAAGGGAGCUGUGCUGCUGCCGGCUCCCACGCAGGCACCUCUGCAGAGGGUCCUCCCUUUUUCAGCGUCACCUCCGCGAAACGGUCCGAUUUCCUUUUGCUUUUGCAUGUUGUAAUUCACCUUUCAGGCAUUGCUCAGCAGGAAUUAAAAGUGUUGGUUUCUUUUCA